CUGAUCUACCAUCAUGGCCACCACAGGGUACAUGAAUCUUACAGUCAUCUCUUUCAUGCAUAUUAAAUCAUGUUAUGCAUUAUGCAUGGAUUUCUGAGUGCUGCAUUCCAGCGCAGUCAUACUCGUCCCGUACCACUCUGGAGAUGAGAUGAUCUCAGCUAUCUCUACCUAUACUCUGAUUUCACUCCUUCUCACAACUUAGCUUUCUUUCAUGUCACAGGCUGCAGUGGCAUAAGAAGUUUGAAAUUACUUUUUCAAAGUCAACCCAUCCCAUUGAAAUACUUGCUAAUCCACAGAUGUAGGUUCAGCAAUUGUGGAAAACAAACCGAAAUGUAACUUUUAUUGAUGUAAUACAUUGGAUCUUGUGUGGUCUUUUGAACCUUUUUGUUAGUAUGUUUGUUUGUUCCAGGCGUCAGGACCUGAGGGUCCUGUUAGAAUAAUUUGUAUGUGUUAGGAAAAUGACUUAACUGUUCCACUCUGAAAUUAUAGAAUAGGGUGAUAUGUUUGAGAAUCAUGGGAAGAUAAAAUCAGGGUAUGCGGAGAUCGGUUAGGAUUGUAAAACUUUGAGGUUAUAUCCUUUAGUAGGGAUGUAAACAGAGUGAAGUUGUAGAGUAGGUAAUAGCAAAUCAUUGGAGGGUUUCAAACCAAGAGGGUCCCAAAGGGGAGGGGAGGUGAAAGCCUUGAAGAAUGUGGCAACUUUUAUGUUUCUUUGUGGUUAGUGGAAAAGUACUGGUUGUUUGAGAAGGGAGUGGUCUAAAGAUAGGAAUGUAUGUUUGUAUUAUAAAAGGCAUGAGUCCUAGUUUUUGACUUUAGAACGUUCUCUGAAUAAACUGUACAGACCUUUUGCAGAAAGCUGAGUCCUUGCCUAAUUAUUCUUAACCCAGUGUCUUACAAACCUUGGGGAUUAGUCAAAGCUUAUUGAAUUAUCAUUGGGAUUCAAAAUUACCGUAACAGGUCCUGAAGUCCAUGCUGUUCUAGGAGUGGUGGAGCCAGAUGUAGAUUCUGUGGCUUCAACACUGAGUUACGCCUACUUCCUCAGCCAGAAGGAGAGCUCAGGCUGUGUGAGUGUCCCGGUCCUGUGUGGUCAGCGAUGUGAUGUGGGCUUGCCAGGGAGACGGUGUGGUACCUUGUGAGGGUGUGUGAGUCUGCUCUGUUCUGGAAAGACGACAUCAACCUACUACAGCUCCACCACAGAGGAAAACUCUCCCUCACUCUGAUGAGGGACGAUGUGCUCAACAGCUCCGACUAUGAAGCUCUGGAGUCCAGCAUCCUCCGAGUGGUCCAUCACCACGAGCAACGGGCAGGAGGGGAGGGGGUGUCGUGCAUGGCGGUGGUGGUCACCAGGGAGAUUCUUCAAGAGGCAGUGGAGCAGAUCUGUGUGCCGCUGGGGGAGCUGCUAGGAGAGGCCCUGAGGCUGCAAUCAGAGGAGCUGUGGAUCAAAGAUGGCCGUCGCUCAGUGGACCUGGAGGAGCUGCUGAGGGUGUUGCAGGAGAGGAGCGGCUUCUCACCCUAUGAUGACACAACCAGUCCUAACGCUGGCGAGGCCCAGCUUCAAGGUAUGGAUAUAGAGCACAUGUUUCUGAAGGAGCUGAAGGAGUUCUCUGAUGGGGAGCUGACCAUAUCGUUCACCAUUGUGUCAGUAGAUCUGAAGUAAUGGAAUGCUCGUCAUGGCCUGGUUGGGGAGUUCCAGUCAUUCUGUCACCACCAUGGUUAUGAGAGUCUAGUUGUAGUCUCAUCUCACCCGAGUGACCCUCGCCAUCCACGCCAGCAGGUGGCAGUGUACUCAGACAACUCUUACAUUCUCAACCAGGUAUGUGUUAUUUUGCAGGCCUACGUAGAUACACACACAUCACCUAGUCCAGAGUUAUAUACACAUCACCUAGUAGAGCGGUAUACACAGAUCACCUAGGAAAUACAAUGUAUAUACAAAAGUAUGUGGACACCCUUUCAAAUUUGUGGAUUUGUCUAUUUCAGCCACAC